ACAGUGGAAUUUACCGUGUCACACUGGACACAAUUAAACUAAUCAGGUAGGCAUUGCGGAUUUUGCUGUUUUUACUGAGGCCGAAAUAUAGAUUUGUCAAGAUGCCCAUGUUAGAGAUCAAUACCAAUCUCAAGGAGGAAGACAUCCAACCGGACUUUCUGGUGACAACGUCCAAACUCUUCCAAGAGGCAAUUGGAAAACCAAUGGAGUAUAUCUCGGUGCAUUUACGGCCAGAUCAACUGAUGGCCUUCGGUGGUACCAAUGAACCCUGUGCAUUUGUCAACGUUGUCAGUGCUGGCAAGAUUUCUCCGGAAGAGAACAUCAAGUAUACCAAACUCAUCACACAAAUCAUGGGAAAGCUGGGCGUCCCCCCUGACAGGAUGUACAUUAUCUUCCAUGAUAUUCCGAGGGACAACCUCGGAUUCAAAGGAUCAAUCCUGAGUGAUCUUGUUGCAAAAAAAUAAAAUGGAUGGUUGGCCCUGCAGAGCGUUAAACAAUCACAUCAAGUCUGCACAAGGUGGAGAUCACUGGAAAUCAAUUUUAUUCUAGUUAUGACACGAAUGUGGAUAAGGUGAUGCGGUGUUUGUUUUCUUGUUCCACUGAAAAAAAGGAAACGUUUUCAUGGAUUGCAUGUACAAAUAACGUCACUUAGAGGUUGGAAGGGACAAAGAAUGAUUUCCGGAAAUUGUUUAAUUAAACUCAAAUUUAUGAAAACAAAGCAUGUUUUUUCAAUGACAAUUCUAAACUUGUUUUCAAACGAGUUUUACCAAACGAGUCUGCACAACUACAGUUCCUUUGAUGCAAAUGAGCAAUAUUUACUGAUAAUUUUACACCCUUGGUACAUACAUGCAAUUGCGAGGAUUUCAAUGUAAAGUUUACUUAAAAUGAUAUAUCUUUUCUGACCCUUGUAAUUAUGAAAUGGUUUGUAGGCUUUCUAAAGAAGACAUGAAAUUUGUUUCACUGAAAUAGCAUCUCUUCAUUUUAAAACCAACUAAUUUUAAAUAUGUCGAAACCGGAAGAGUUGUGAAAAAUAUAUGCAUUUCUUUAAUUGCUCUAGAUUACACCAAUCAGAUAUAGAGAUACAUGUAUUAUAGAUUUUUGCUCUAAGAA